AUGGCAUACACGACAUUCGAGGGGACACACAGGACGGAUGACGGCGUCGAGUUGUACACCAAAACAUGGAAGGUGUCGGGGGAUGCAGCCAAGGCACGCAUGCUGUUUGUGCAUGGCUUCAGUGACCACUGCAACAACUACCCCGUCUUGUUCGACCACCUCGCCAAUCAGGNNGGAGUUGAUGUCUUUGCCUUUGACCAACGAGGAUGGGGCCGCUCCGUCCACAAUAAACAUGAGCGCGGCCUCACAGGCCCCACCACCCGCGUCCUCGCCGACAUAACCAGCAUGCUACGGACCUUGCUACCCACCCCAGUCCCUCUCUUCCUGAUGGGCCACAGCAUGGGCGGUGCCGAAAUCCUCCACUACGCAGCCAGCGGACCCUCCGACAUCCUCUCCCAGAUCCGCGGCUUCAUCGCCAGCGCACCCCUCAUCGGCCUGCACUCCGACACCCGUCCCUUCAAAGUCACAGUAAUGGCUGGCCGCCUCGCAGGCCGCCUCUUGCCCAAAUUCCAACUGGUGAACAAGUUAGAUCCCCAAUGGUUGAGCAGAGACCCCGAGCAGAACAAACUCUGGGAGCAGGAUGAGUUGUGUCACGACACUGGGACCCUAGAAGGGCUAGCAGGAAUGCUGGAUAGAGGAAUACAGCUCGAGAGCUUUAAAGUCUUGCCAAAGGAAAGUGCUGGUGAAGGCGGAAAGACUAGAUUGUUGGCGCUGCACGGAACUGGCGAUCAUGUGAAUGCUUAUGAAGCUACUAAGGCCUAUGUUGAGCGCUGCAGUGAGUUGAGUGAUAAAGAGCUUAAGAGCUACGACGGUUGGUAUCAUAACAGACCUGAAGAGUCCAAGUCGAAACUUUGA